CUCUGUCCUGGCCUCCCUCCCCGCCGAGGGGGCGGGGACCGACGGCGCCCUGCGAAAGGCAGGCGAGCCGGAGCCCAGGUAUGUUCUUCCACAAGGGCCGGGCGGCGGACAGAGCAACGUCGGAGCGGCGGGUGGAGGAGGCGGACGAGAAGAUGCCACUGCCACUGCCGCCUCAGGGCGACCCCGGGGAGGCCAGCCCGUCCAGGAGCUCCAAGAAGCACACCCCUUUCCACCUCUGGCGCUCCAAGAAGAAGCAGCAGCCUCCGCCGUCGGACUGUGGGGUGUUCGUUCCGCACCCGCCGUCUGAUUGUGGGGUGUUCGUUCCGCACCCGCCCCUGGCGCCCCUCGGCGAGGCCAGAGCUUUGGACGUAGUGGAUGAAGGACAGGUGGCUCAAGAACACCAUGAGUUUACAUCACACGGUGGGGAAUCCCAGUUCUUUCACUCCACCAGUGAGGUGCCUGGUCCUCUACCUGCAGAGUCCGGAUCGCUUAAAAAGUCCAGAGCACAACCACCAGAAGAGAACAAAAGGAAGCCAGUUUUGGGGAAACUUGGCAAUCUGUUCGCCGCAGGAAGGAGAAGGAACACCAGAAACGGGUUAGAGAGUCCCACCAGCUCCCAUGCCAAAGCAGCCUCUCCCAAAGACGCAACCUCCUCCCAGCUCCCUGCGCGAGAGGAUGAGAAGAGGGCGUCCCCCAGCAGCCCAGCAAAGCCAGCCGACAGGUGCGGGGAGGGCUUCCCCCAGGAGCAGCCCCAGGGGCCUGAGGGCGAGCGCUCUGAGCCCUGUGUCCAGGUAGCCCCCCCGGACACCCACCUGUCGCCUUGCCCGAGCAGCCGUGCAGCGGCGGCGGGGCUACUGUGCCCUGGAAAUGAAUCACCUCAAUUAGAACCUGUGCACUCAGAGGGAGAGCCCUUCCCAGAUGCCACGGCCGCUGCCAAGCAGCUGCAUUCCUCUCUAGAGAAUUCCCCCAGGCAAGAGGACGCAGAGACGCUGGCCCGCAGUCCGGGGGAGGACGCAUUGCCCGGCGCUGCUGGCGCACAGGAGGCGGUCCAGGGGGGGGGGGGAGUGCCGAGAACAGGGCCGGAGGACAGGUGUGCCGGCCGGGCGAGCGCGCCCAUCCCGCUAAAGUGUUAA